ACACGGUUGACAGUAUUGUCGCUAGGCCUCCAGCCAUGACGACCAUCGAUCCCCGCCUUGGUGCUCUGUACAAUGAAGUGACCGAGCUCGUGGGCAUUUCUGGGAAAAGAGAUCAAGAGCUAAUGAAGUUGCUCUCUGAGGGAGACGACGAGGCCAAGAAAAAGUUGAAGAUGGUCUCCGUCGUCGGGCUUGGAGGAUUGGGCAAGACCACUCUUGUCAAAACGGUUUAUGACAAUAUCAAAGGAAAAUUCGAUCACAGUGCUUUUGUUCCUGUCGGUCGAAGUGCCGACGCAAAGAAGGUUCUCAUGGACAUCCUCCUUGACCUUGGUAUCUACCAAAAUCAGUUCACCAUGAUGAAUGAACGACAACUCAUUGACAGACUCCGGGAAUAUCUCGAGAACAGAAGGUACCUCAUCGUUAUUGAUGAUAUAUGGGACGGAAAACUGUGGGGAGUUAUAAAGUGGGCAUUCUCUAGCAGCAAUAAUUUGGGCAGUCGGCUAAUCACAACAACUCGUAUAGUCGGUGUAUCUAAAUUAUGUUGCUCGACUACUAAUGGUUCAAUUUAUCAAAUGGAACCUCUUAGUGGUGAUGAUUCACAGAGACUCUUCUAUAAGAGGAUAUUUUCUCAUGAGAGAGGAUGUCCCCGUGAAUUUGAGAAAGUGUCCAUAGAUAUAUUGAAAAAAUGUGGUGGAGUGCCAUUAGCCAUCAUUACUAUAGCUAGUCUUUUGGCUAGUGAUCGGGGGGUAAAACCUAUGGACAAAUGGCAUGCUUUGCUCGAGUCCUUUGGUCGUGGGCUUACAGAAGACCCCAGUGUAGAGGAGAUGUUGAGGAUACUAUCGUUUAGUUAUUAUGAUCUACCUUCUCAUCUGAAGACAUGCUUAUUAUAUCUAAGCAUGUUCCCGGAAGAUUUCAAGAUUAGAAAAGAUCAGUUGAUAUGGAUGUGGAUUGCCGAAAGUUUUGUGCAAUGUGAUAAUGCAGAAACUUUUCUCUUUGACAUCGGAGAAACUUACUUCAAUGAGCUCGUGAACAGAAACAUGAUACUGCCGGUAUAUGCUAGGAGAAAAGUAGAAGCUUGCAGAGAAGUAGAAGCUUGCAGAGUGCAUGAUAUGGUUCUAGAUCUAAUUUCUUCCCUAUCAAGAGAGGAUAACUUUGUUACUAUAUUGAAUGGUAUUGGUGAUAGCAUAUCUUCUCGGUGCAACGUCCGUAGACUGUCCCUACAGAAUGAUAGAAAAGGAGAACUUCAAACCACACCUAUCGAAUCCGUGAGUCUGUUAAAAGUGAGGUCCAUUGCUACAUUUGAACCCGCUAUCAAUCUAAUGCCGCCUUUCUCGAGCUUUUUUGUUUUACGUGUAUUGGAUUUCACUGGAUGUAAUCUUGGCAAUCAUAAUCAUCUAAACAUCCGGGAGUUGGGGAAUUUAUUGCACUUGAGGUACCUAGGUCUAGCCAAAACAGAAAUUUCCGAGGUCCCGGAAGAAGUUGGAAAGUUAAAGUUUUUGCAGGUGCUGGAUUUGAGUGGAAAUAAGCAUAUAGAAGAGCUGCCAUCGACUAUUAAUAAGCUCAGAAGAUUGAUGCGCUUACUUGUGGACAGUAACUGCGAGAGGUUUCCAGAUGGACUAGGAAACCUGACAUCAAUGGAAGUGCUGAGUGAGAUCCAUUGUGACUCUCUAAGCAUCGUGAAUGAGCUGGGCAGCAUGGAAAGGUUGACGAAGCUUGGAAUUCUGUUUGGUAAUUUGAGUUUUGAGAUGAUGGAAGCUUUCGUGGAAUCACUAGGGAAAAUGUCCAACCUCCGAAGUGUAGUAAUUACUCGUCAUGGUGUUGAGUCUCAGCUUUUGACAGGGGAAGGUGUUGAUUCUAAGACCAUCGAUCUUUUGGGGGAAGGUUGGGUGCCCCCUCGAAGUCUCCGGGAGUUUGUCACAUACGGAUUAAUAUUCUCUACAGUGCCGACAUGGAUAAGGAGGAAUCCCUUGCAUCUGUCGCAUCUCAUGAAGAUAAAAAUCUUUAUCGAGGACGUACGGCAGGAGGAUCUGGACAUCCUUGGAAGGUUACCGGCUCUUCGUAAUCUUAACUUGUGGAGCUUCCGCCAAAUCGGGCAGCCACUUGUCGGCGCUGAUGGGUUCCGUUGUCUCGCAUCAUUCAUGUCGUUUUCCCAGUCCGCGGGCCUAAUCAUGUUCCAGCCGGGAGCUAUGCCCAAUGUUGAAAAAGUUGAGCUCUGGAUCAAAUUGCGGGUGGCAAUAGAGGAAGCAGCUGGCAAAGGUGGUGAUUGUUUUCACAUGGGCUUCGGGAACCUGCUGUCCCUUCGGAAGGUCAUUGUCAAUUUGAACCGCUGGGGAUUGACAGUCGGGGAGACGAAGCAACUGGUGGCUGCGCUGGAGAACGAACUUCGUGCCCAUCCUAGUCGUCCCUACUUUCGUGUCAUCCCCGACCCACUCAUACCACAUGGCGCUCCUGACGAUGACGUAAUGUGUCAUGGAAAUUACAUGGAGGAGGAGGAGGAGGAGGAGGAAUGAAGAACCUGCAGGCCGGUUACAUAUUUAAAGAUUGCAAAAUAUAGAUAUGUACGCUCUUUUUUCCAUCUUCCCUUAUUGAUCAUAUUGCCAUGAAUGCUUAUUUGCCAUGACACGUCGUUCUAUAGGCUGGUACUAUCUCCGUUCUAAAAUAAGUGUCUCACUUUUAUCUAGAUAUAUAUAGAUACAUCUGUAUCUAGAAAAAAUUGGGACACUUAUUUUAACAUGGAGAGACUAGGGAGUACUAUUUACGACCAUAUGCAUGUCACUGGAUGCAACAUCCAUAUUAUCCUUCUCUUCGUUCCACUUUUGUUCAUGUUACCUUUUGUUUGCCUUUGGUGUGAAAUCCUGUUUUUGUGA